AUGGGGGCGGUAGGUCUGCAAUUGGAUUUUCGAUUCUGCAAAAUGAUGAACGUCUAUUCGAUUCUAUUUUUCACAGUCAUCGGUGUGGCAGUAUGCCAAAAAGGCGGCGGAAUGGCCGAGUUGAAGUCAAUCACUGGUGAUGCUCCAUACAGCGGCGUUGGCAAUGCUCCAGCUCCAGUCCCGCAGCCAAUGGGAUUUUGGGGAAGACCAAAGUACAUGCCUAGCCCAGACAUGGAUCUUCCUUAUGGAGGAGGCGGCGGUCUUUAUGGUGGAUACGGACCAUAUCCGUACAAUCGGUUCACUAGCAUCUCCCGCAGCCCAUAUGGGGUGAGUGGUACACGAAUCUCCAAUGAUCUCAGUUUCCUCGCGCUUCUUCGUGAUCUACUGCUUUAA